AUUUGAAAAUGUGCUUCUUUCUUUUUGACUUCAGCACACUCCUGUAAACAUAAUACACUUCGUGUUUGUGUUUAAAUAAAAUGCAAACCUAACGGGCGCUCAUUUGUAUUUGGGUAACUUAGAAACACACAUCUGUGAAUGAAACGUGGAUCGCGUACCAUAAGUGAAUUCACACCUUUUGCUGUUCACUUUACAGUGUAAACUCGCAGUGAUGGAGGGCAUCGUGUUGUUAUUCUACCUAUCCUCUACGUAUACGUUCCUAUCUGCAUCAGGGACGUGUCCGGUUGGUACCUAUGGAGUCGACUGUGACUAUCGGUGCAACUGUCCUCCAAACACGUGCAGCUCCUCCUCUGGCUGUACAAGUGGGGAUUGUUACCCGGGAUGGUCGGGGCCGACCUGUCACAAACGCAACAUCCUCCUGAAUCUCACUGACAGUGCGUUUGCAUCAAGUCCUACCCACCUCAACACACCACCACACAGAGCUGCGGACGGGAAGGUAGCUGCAACGCCUGAACACAUCGCAAACAGCUGCUUCUUCACCAAUAACACGGGUGCAAACUACACCUGGUGGCGCGCUGAUCUGGAAAACAGAACACUGAUGAAUGACGUCACUAUCUCCUUCAGAAAAGACUUUAAAGCUCGGAGGAACGGAAUCCAGGUGUAUGUGACCAACUCUGUCAACAUACCGAGUGGCCACAACUGCUACAACGUCACUGGGAAUGGAAACGGAACUGACGUACCGGAUGUGUUGCAUGUCACGUGUUACAGUUGA